UUUCGCAGGUGUUUGUAUUUUGCAAUGAGAAUAGCCGUGGAAGGAUGUGCUCAUGGAGAGCUUGAGAAGAUCUACGACACAGUGGGGCUCAUUGAGAAGGAGCAAGGUAUCAAAGUAGACCUUCUCAUUUGCUGUGGAGACUUCCAAUCCACGCGAAAUCUUGAGGAUCUCAACUGUAUGGCAGUGCCGCCAAAAUAUCGUGACAUUUGUACAUUUUACAAGUACUACAGUGGAGAGAAAAAGGCUCCCAUUUUGACAAUCUUCAUUGGAGGCAAUCACGAGGCAUCUAAUUACCUCCAGGAACUUCCCUAUGGAGGUUGGGUAGCACCAAGAAUCUACUAUUUGGGCUAUGCUGGGGUUGUGUCUGUCGGUGGAAUCAGGAUUGCGGGACUUUCGGGGAUUUUCAAGGCUCACGACUACCAUAAGGGGCACUUUGAGAUGGCCCCAUACACGGAAAGUACCGUCCGGAGUGUCUACCACAUUAGAAAUCUUGAGGUUUUUCGACUGAAGCAGCUUUCAGGACAGCUAGACAUCUGUAUUUCACACGACUGGCCACGUGGGAUCUACCACCAUGGCAAUGCUGAGCAAUUAAUGCGCUUCAAGCCCUUCUUCCGUGAGGAGAUUGAGAAGAAUACAUUGGGCAAUGAAACUUGUGAAGAUCUCCUUAACAUUUUGAAGCCAAGUUAUUGGUUUUCUGCCCAUCUCCACUGUAAAUUUGCCGCAGCUGUGAAACAUUCCAGUGAAGGUGGAGAAGAAAAAGUCACAAAAUUCCUGGCACUGGAUAAAUGCCUUCCAAACAGGAGAUUUUUGCAAAUCCUCGAAGUAGGGGAAGAUAUUUCAUCGCAGGAAGAUCUCAAGCUCAUAUACGACCUCGAAUGGUUGGCAAUACUCAUGCUGACCAAUCAUUUGCUUAGCGUGAAGCACGUAGCAAACUACAUGCCAGGUCCAGGUGGAACAGAACGCCACAAUUAUACCCCAACAGAUGAGGAAAAAGCCACAGUGGAGGAGAGAUUAGGGAGGAAUCUUGAAAUCCCUGAGAAUUUUGUUCCAACUGUGGCAGCAUUCAAUCCAGAUACAGAUCAGAAGACACACAGUCAACCUGCGGCACAGAUAAAUCCUCAAACAACACUCUUUUGCGAUACUCUCGGGAUUGAUGAUCCUCUACGCUUACUCAUGAUCCUCCGGAAGCAACCACUGAAUCUUGGAACUGCCGUAGAGAUGCCAUCAUGGAAUGAUGAGACUAUCAAUACGGAAGAUGACGAGGAAGAAGCAACAGUGGUACCUUCGGGAGAGGCUGAUGAAGAAAAUCCCGAAGGAGAUGAAACAUUUGUUAGCUUCAGUACAGCAGAUUCAGCGGAAAACCUUCUGGAAACUUCUACGGAACAUUUGAGUGUAACACCACCUGUAAAGAGAUUCCGUGGUCGCAAUCAAGCACUCUACUCCACUCCGGAAGAGUCCUAGUGGAUGGAUACGCAUACUUUGUGCAAUCCUGGCCAUAAAAAUGUACAAAAAAAACCCAGUGGAAAAGUAAAAAAUACCAUAAUUUUUCAAAA